AUGAAUUAAAUAUAAACAGAUGUUAUUUAUCAAAUUUUCAAAUAAGGAAAGUUUGAAGCUAAUCAAGAAUAUUCCCUACAGGAUUUGAUUCAAUUUAUUAACUAAUUGGUAUUCAUUGAAAAUAGGGUUUAAGAUUGGAAGAGAGUUUCCAAAUGAAUUAAUUGAAAGAAUUAGAUCAAAUCAUCCAACUCAUUCCCAAGGGUACUAUUUUACAAUAAAUGAUUUUGUUGAGAUGACAUUUAAAGAAUAUUAAAAUUUGACUUAAAUGAAAUAAGAUUCAAUUAAUUAAAUUCUAGUGUAUAGAAGUGAGUAUAAAAAAUUAUAAGAUGAAUUAUAAUAAGCAAGGAAAGAUGAAAAACAAAAUGAAUAUGAAAUAGAUAAUGAUAGCACUUUAUUUAUUACAGUUUCACAUGGUGAAUGUUUGAAAAUGGCAAAAUACUAUAUUUUGAUAACAUUGUUUAAUUUUUAACAAAAAACUAAAUUCUCUGAUAUGACUAUUCAUCCUAUAUGGAGUGAGGAUUAUUAGAUGUAAAUAUUUUCAACUAAGUAGAAUAGUCAUGUUCCAUCACCUCAUGGUUAGAUCUUUGUAGGAUUGUUUGAUGCAGAGUAACAUUUGAUAGGAUAGUUGUAACUUCCUUUGUAUUAGUACAAAGAUUAAUAACCUCAUACACAGGAUUACAUUUUGGAAAAUGAAUACGGCGUUUUAAUAAAUUCAAAACUAAAAUUAAAUUUAACUAUACUAUGGGUUCAUAGUAAAGUAGCCUUAUUAGAAGAUCAUAUAGCAAAUGUGAACCAAUUCAGUAAAGAAAUUGAGGAACAAUAACUAAUUGUUGAUAAGGCUAAUUAUCUAUUGGAUGCUUUAACAUUUACAUUUAAUAAAUCCAGAAUUUAACGAGUGCCUCAUAUCGCAAAUACUCAAGAGUAAUUCUUAUAACCCACUUUAUAACAAAGCGAAGAAUAUGAUUGGAAAAUUAAGUACUAAGAUAAUAUGUAUAAAUUGGCAAAAUAAUUAAAAAGUAUUAAGUUAAUAUAUACGAAAAGGAGAACAUCAAGACACGAUAGAGGAAUGGUAAAGAGUUGUGAUAAUUUUAAGUUCAAUAACAUCUAUUUUUUCUUUGAUUUUUGUAUCAAUGGCAAGGCCUUGCUUUUAAUAACUAACAUCAACUAUGUCUAUUGGCAUGUUAGUUUGGGCAUAUAGAAUCAAUUACAUAAAGACAAUCAAGAUUUUAGCAUAAAUAUCUUUGAUAAUAUUAGUUUAAUGUAUCUUUGAUUCUAUUUGGUUACUAAUCAAUUAUGUAAAAUAAAUGGUAUCAUUUUUAGGAAGAUUGGUGGAGAAAAAAUCUUAUUCUUGCUUAGCAGUUAUUUGGAAAUUCAAUUUUAAAUUAUAUCUCUUAUUAUAGUACAAUAAUUUACUUACCAAUAAAUUUUAUACUAGCUGCCUGUUCAUUUAAUUUGUCGUUAAAAUAUUUAGCAUAAGGGAAUUUGGAUUCAUAAUGA